AUGAUGUGGUCUUCGGAGAAAGGUUUCGGUGUGACGCUCUCUCCCUUCUCCACGUCCAACUCAGGCUUGUUAUCCAUGGCAGACCAAGCAGAGGCUGCAUUCCUGCGUGUUUAUAUCAACACCCUCGCGAGUCAGAGUCUUGUUUACGCGGACGACUACCAGCAGCCGCCGGCUAACUCACUCAAGAAGGUCCCUGUGCUGCAAAUUUCCGUUCCAGCACCACCACCACGCAAGAAACAAAGAGAAUCCUCUUCAGCACCGCUCUCGCUGACAUUCAAGUCGCUUAAGCCAGCGGCAUCUUACACGAUCGCAGUCCACCCAACCGACACAAUUGCUGCAGUCAAAGCGGCACUUUCAUCUCAGCCAGGAGGACCGCCAGUCGACGCCCAACGCUUGCUGUUAAAGGGCAAGGCUUUGGCAGACGCGAAACUCGUCAAGGAAUAUCCAAUCAAGGACGGUGAUACCGUGAAUCUUGUCUUAAAGACAGUUGCACCUGCACCAACAAUAACAGCUUCUUCAACCCCUCCCACCAUGGAUCCAGGAAAACUCCCCACUCUUUCGCUCGACCCGCCCGCUCAGACUUCAGCACGCAAACACCAGCGCAUCCCGAGUGUCGUGUUAUCGCCGUCUCCAUCGAGCGAAACCGUCCCAACCAUCGAUAGAGACAUCAUGCUCACUCUGGACGCGUCGACCGAAUCUCUUCCUGCCAAAGAGCUUUCCACCUACCAUACCGCCAUUGCAGAGCCCGAAUUCUGGGCCCGCCUGCUUGCCUUUUUCCGCUCCGAAUUCAAGAACGACACCGACGCUCAGACUGCUUUUGAAGACUUUAUCCUCGCCAGCAAGAGUACCCUCACUGCGAGCGAGAUUGCCAAGAUUCGUGACCACGUUGGGGUCAUUGGGAUGGCUGGGACGUAG